AUCAUUCUUGACGUCAUGAUAAAGAUACUCAACCCCCACUCACACCAUUCUCAAACCACAACUCUUAAAACAGCUGAGAUCUUGUCUAAAUACAGACCCAUUGCACCAAAGCCCGGGACGCCUCGAGUGAACGACGAUGAUCCUUCUUCCUCUAUGUCUCACAAAAUCAGCCAAUCUCCUUACCUUCGUAACCUCUGGCCUCAGCUUCAAGCGCGACCUACAAGAACCCGCAAGCGAGGCCGAGGCGGGAUGGGUCCCUCUUCUCUUGCUAUGAAGAGACCAAAGUCGUCAUGCGGUUCUUCUAGUACUUCUACUAUUUCUACACAACGUGUUCUUGGACCUAUUAAAACACUGUCGUUUCAGGCUUUCACUCAUCAUAGGUUACCUAACCUACCUCAAGUUGGCUACGGUUUUGAGAAUGGUGUCUCUUCUACUUUGGUGACUUUGCCUCUUCUCCAAUGCUCUCCUCCUUCCUCCAAAUGCAUGGAGCCAGAGAUCAAAGGAAAAGGUGUCAUUGAUCUGAACAAGACCGCGGAAGUGAUACAGGAGAGAGACUUCUUGACGCAACUACAAGGACCCAUCACCACAACCACAACCGCAACCACAAGCAGAGUCAUAUCACCGCAGCCCAUAAGGCCGGUUUGCUCAAAGAUCAACGUAGCCUACAUAAACCCACUAACCAACCCAUCUCCAACGUCUCAAACCAGCAAGAAAUCACCAAGAGAGGUCGAAGAGGAUGUUGAAUCCGAUGACUUGCCCUCAGUGAUCACCGAUUCAAACAGCAGGGUCAGACUCGUGAACUCCGCUUACAAGGAAAUGAUGGGGCAGCCAGAGUGCUCAUGGCUGGAUUCAAUGGUGAGAGGGAAGAGGAUCUGUGGAGAAGUGAUGAUCAAUUUUUGUGAAUCCAAAAUUCCAGUGAUGACUGAGAACAAUGGGUUUUCUUGCUGGGUAAGGAUAGAUUGGGGAAGAGACGGUAAGGAGGAGUACAUGCAUGCCUUUUGCGAUGUUACGAAACUUGCUUGCGAUUCCAAGGAUUAUGUCUUUACGUGGAGGUUUCACACAACCACUGACCGCAGAUAGACUUGCCAGUCAAGCUGCAACGUUUAGAUUAGGUUUUGGAGUAUGUGUGUUACCCUUUCUAGUAGUGUUUAGCGUAAUUAUAUAUAUCCUCUAUAGCAAAUAUGUAAAUGUCGUUAGUCAUAUAUAUAAUUACGCUGUUGAAAUACAGUAUGAGUUAAGAAGAACAAGUUCUUUCUUAUAGUAGAAUGGUUUAAUAAUCUCUUGAAAUACAG